CGGAGGUGAAAGGUCAUAGCUGUUCAACCCUGCUGGAAACCCCAAAGACUUGAGAGAAAAAUAUGGGUGAAAAUGAAGAUUUUACCGUUGUUUUACAAGACAGCAAGGCGGCAUACGUCCUCAGCAAUGUUGCCGAAGUCAUCGAGCGAAUCCUGACCUUCGUUCCGACCAAAUCUCUCCUCCGGAUCGCAAGUGUGUGCAGGCUGUGGAGGAACUGUGCCCGCAGGGUGCUGAGGACCCAGCAGCAGCUGGACUGGGUGUCCGCCUGCGGACCGUCCAACCCGAAGAACCAUGCUCUCUGCAACAUGCUGGCCGAGGAGGUGGAGAAAGUGUUUCUCCUGCCCAAAACUGUGCUGGCUCUGGUAGACUGCGAGGCCUUCAAUGGACAAGCUUAUUGCUACAGACAAAAUAAACAAGCAAAAAUGAGGCGCCACAGUCUGGACCCAUUUGAAGAAGUGAACCGGUUCUUCCCCAAAGGCUGUGACAUCAUGGGUGUGGUCGCACCGGGCAUAGUCAUGACGCCCAGCGGCUCGUUCUCCAGCGUUCCUAAGGAGUACCAGGAGGGGGAGGCGGGCUUUGCCAUCAUGUUCCCCAGCAUAGAGGGGGUCAACAUCAAGCCCUUUCAUUUUUGCGAGAAGUCCAUGUCCCCAACAGCCCUGAAGGAAGCAGGACUAGUUGACAACCCGGAGCUGCGUGUGGUUCUGUUGUUUGUCUACGAGCCGUGUCAAAACGGAGCAGCACGCUUUCUGGUCCAAAUACUGGAGCCGCUGGCCAAGAGCAAAGCCCUCAUUGCUGGAGGGCUGGUGGACAGUUACUUCUCUCCUCCCAGACACUGCUGUUUGCAGGGUCAAUACGGUGUGGCGGGCCUCGCCCUGAGUGGCCCUAAAGUGCAAGGGGCGUCUGUGCUCUUGGACCAAGAGAUCACCAGCCCAAAGGCAGCCGAGGCCACCAUUGGGCGGCUAAAAGCAGCCAAGAUUCCCGAGAAGAACACCAUUGGGUUUAUGUUCGCCUGCUUGGGGAGAGGUGAAAACUUCUACAAAGACCAGGCCAACGUAGAGGCCGACGCCUUUCACAAGGUGUUCCCCAACACCCCGCUCUUCGGCCUGUUCGGAAACGGUGAGAUCGGCUGCGACCGAAUUGUAAAAGAAGACUACACGCUGUGCGACACUGACACGGAGAGUCUGCAGCACGAGUACAGUACAGUCAUGACCCUCGUCCAUGUAGGCUGACCGACCCACAUCACAAAGGACCAACGGAAGGAAAACACAACCUUUAAUAUUCCCGUUUGCUACAGCUGUCGGUACAAGAAACCUUUUGUUCAGAGUUUUACUCGCAUUACGACUCAGAAUAUAGCUGUCACCAGUUCUGCUUGUAAAGCAGGAAAUGAUCCCUUUAGCCAUCAUGGUAAUGGCAUCAUUUGGGAAAUCCUCUGAGACUGUGUGUGUAAACACAGCCUCAUAUCUGAACUAGAGUUUCACAAAGAUAAAAUACAACUGAUGUUUCUCUUUUAGUAUUAAAAUGUGAUAGAUCACUCUAGUAAAAUAUAUGUGUAUAUAAUUUUGACACACAAGGCAUAUCUUACCUUUUGACGUCGACCUCAUGGUCUGUUUGCUUUGCAGGUGAGUACAAAUAGCUGUAAUAGUUUUUGAUUCAGCGCAGGCACUUUUUAUUCAUGUAAAUAAUGCGGGCCCUCUUCGACACAAUCAAGAUUAUCUUGAUUUGAAUUCUCUUUAUUGUUAUGUAGAUUUUACAUAAUUUUUCCUUUUUCACACUUAUCUCACCAAUGAGACUAACGUGUUAGCCGUAUGGAAGAUAUCUAUCUGCCAUGGUUCUAUUGGGUACAGGGACAUUUGUCAGUCUUACAGUGCCUCUUUUUUUGUCCACGUCAGUUCAUAUCUUCUACUACCUACUUUCAGCUGUAAAUGUUUGGGCUUAAUAGUUACUUCCAUGCCUGCAUUUUUAAAGAAAAACAAGCCUCCUUAAUCAGAAGGAGCAGAGAGAACGGUUGCCCUGUUGGCUGUGUAAGUUACACUGACUAGCAGAAACUCUCAAUUUCACCUCAGAAAAAAAAAGCCUUGUCAUUGUUUUGACGAUGAUGUAUUUGGUUUCCUUUGCUAAAGUAGUAAAAGGUAUUUUUGAAAUCCUGAUAGUGUAGUCGGAGACUAACUACCUAGCAGCAUGUUCAGAAAGAAAAAUCAACCUUUUACAGAUGCCUUUGUACAAAAUUGGUCUGUCAGAAUCAUUAAUGUUGUAUUAAUGUGUUAUGUGGUGCUUUUUUCAUCCCUAAGAAAAAUAUUCUGAUUACAUGAAGGUGCAAUUUCCAGUGUGUAUAUAUACACAGUGUAUGUCUGUUGAUCAGGUAGCUGUUAUAUGUUAAGAUUCAGCAUUUUGAUCAAGGCUGCAGCUACAAUUCCAACUGUUUACUUUAACAAAAAAAUUAUUAGAAGUCCUCUUUUGUAUAUUAAUACACGCAUCUACCCUUAUAGGUUCUGAUGAUAUUAAGGUGUAUUUGAAGUUAGUGUUUUAAUUGAACAAAGUUGUUUUGGUGUUGAUGCACUUUUCUACAUGUGCCAAAUCAUAUCUGUUCUGCUUAUCCCCUUAUUAAAUCACUUCCAAUACGUA